UGCCUGAAAAUCAUGUUACUUUGGUGGUCUAUGUACACAUAGGACUUGGUCACCCAGAGUCCUGAUUUUGCCACUAUUGAUCAAAGGCCAAGGCACAUUAUCAUAUUGGUCUCUGUGUACCGCAGUUGGGACAACUUAUAAACCCUCUUUUAUUAAACUAAAGCCAAAAGUUAUUUUACAGUUGCAAAUUUUAUACAUUUUUUGUGCGUUGAUGAAUUUGUCCAAUGCAUAAUAAUUUCUAUUUUUUUCAGGUAAAAGUUUCUAGUGUUAAUCCUCAUCAUGAAGAGAUCAAUACCUGAUGAUGGCUUUUCAGAGCUUGAACACAGUGAUCCAUUCUCAAAGCGGAGUCGUAAGAAAAAUGUGGAUUUCUUGGGUGACCUCGCUGAUGAAGGGGAAGUACAGCCCAAAGAAAAUAAAAGAAAACUUGCUGCGGAUAAAAUCAAGAGAGAUAAGAAGAAUUUCCCUGGAUUAUCCACUAAUGUUGUCAAAUAUAUUCGAGGCAAUGCUAAUGAAAAUCUUGAGAAUCUCAUCAACAAAUAUCUUAAAAAGCACAAAAUAUCAAUGAUAGAUGAUAUCCGGACUGAAGUGGAUGCCAACAUUAAGGCUCAAAAAGGAGCUGUGCGUGUCAAGCUCUCAGAGAUGCAGCGUCUGGAACGUCUCAAGAGGAUGCAGCAAAUCGCUCCGAAGCUGGACGAAGAACAGAAGAAUAUAGAAGAAUAUUUCAAGGACAGUGCACCUAUAGAUACUUCACUCACUUUUGAAUCCAUGCAUCUUCAUGAAAAACUAAUGCUGGCUAUCAAGAAGAUGGAUUACACCUCACCCACCCCCAUCCAGUCUGCCACCAUCCCCGUGGCCAUGGCUGGCAAAGAUGUGUGUGGCUGCGCGGCCACAGGCACUGGCAAGACCGCCGCCUACCUACUGCCGGUGCUAGAGCGGCUACUGCAGCUCGAGGAGAACCCAGUGAAGGCGACUCGUGUUCUGGUCCUGGUGCCUACCAGAGAGUUAGGUGUGCAGGUGUUUGAGGUGUGCCGCAACCUGACGAAGUACACAACCAUCACGAGCGUGCUGGUGGCUGCUGGCAUGCGCAGUAAUGUACAAUGGAAGGAAGUACUUGAGAGGCCCGACAUCAUCAUCGCCACGCCCGGCCAACUACUUAAGGGCUUCGCUCAUCUCAAGGACUUCACUCUGGAGCAUGUCGAGAACAGAUUAUUAAUGAGCGCAGUCAUGGAGGUGAGUCUGCCUGUCAUGGAGGUGAGUCUGCCUGUCAUGGAGGUGAGUCUGCCUGUCAUGGAAGUGAGUCUGCCUGUCAUGGAGAGGAGAUACGAGGGCUGGCUCCUGACUCGCUGGCGCGAUGGCCCCGGUCGUCCAUAUCAGUGGCUACACUACAACGAAACGCUGCUACGCGCACGAAACUUCGGCGCAGGCCUCGUGGCAUCUGGCCUCGAGCCUGGCCCUAAGACAUACGUGGGUAUUUAUUCCCAGAACUGCCCAGAGUGGAUAUUAACAGAGCAAGGGCUGUACUGUCAGAGUAUGGUGGUUGUACCGCUCUAUGACACGCUCGGUCCCGACGCUUGUCACUUCAUCCUCAGUACCACGGCGCUGUCGACCGUCAUCGUGCAGGACGACAAGAAGAUGUUGCAGCUUCUGCAGUCGCCACCCAAGACCCUCAAGGUCUUCAUCGCAAUCAAUGAACCCAGCAACGACGUUCGUCUCAAAGCUCAAAAGCUUGGCAUUACAAUAAAACUAUUCGAUGAAAUUGAAGCCUUAGGAGCCGCCAGUAAAAUUAAGGAUAGGCCACCUAAACCAGAAGACUUGAGCUGCAUCAACUUCACGUCUGGCACGACAGGCAUGCCCAAGGGUGUGAUGUUGUCACACGAGAACAUCGUGGCCGCUGUCUGCGCUACGCUCCUACAGCUGGCUGAGCACAAGCCACACAAGUCAGACGUGAUCCUGUCGUUUCUGCCGCUGGCGCACAUGCUGGAGCGGUGCUGCGAGGUGGCUGUGUACAUCGCAGGCGGCGCCGUGGGUUUCUACGGCGGGGACAUCAAGAACCUCGCGGACGACUAUAAGGCGCUGCGUCCUACCAUCACGCCCUCUGUGCCACGGCUCCUCAACAGGGUUUAUGACCGCGUCAUGGGCCAGAUUAAUGGGUCAUCGUUCAAGAAAUUCCUCUUCAAUAUGGCCCUGGCCAGCAAAAAGAAGGAACUUGAGAGAGGCAUCAUACGGCGUAACAGCAUAUGGGACAAGCUGGUGUUCCGUAAGGUGCAGGAGGGCAUGGGGGGCAGACUGCGGCUGGUGGUGGUGGGGUCGGCGCCCCUGGCCGGCAAUGUGCUCACCUUCACCAGAUGUGCUCUAGGCUGCGUUGUGGUGGAGGGCUACGGGCAGACGGAGUCUGUGGCGCCAGCGACGUUGACGGUGCAGGGCGAGUACAGACCUGAGCACGUGGGGCCCCCGCUGGCCUCUAACGCCAUCAAGCUCGUGGACGUGCCUGACAUGGACUACUUCGCUGCACAAAACCAAGGCGAGGUCUGUAUAAAGGGCGCUAGUGUCUUCCAAGGCUACUUCAAGGACCCUGAGAAGACGCGGCAAACCAAAGACGCUCAAGGCUGGCUGCACACCGGCGAUAUCGGCGAAUGGUUGCCAAACGGCACGCUCAAGAUCAUCGACCGCAAGAAGCACAUCUUUAAGCUGUCCCAGGGAGAGUACAUCGUACCUGAGAAAAUUGAAAACAUUUACGUACGCUCUCAGUACGUGGCACAAGUGUUCGUCUACGGCGAGAGUUUGAAGUCGACGGUGGUGGCCGUGGUGGUGCCAGAAGUUGACGCGGUGAAGGCGUGUGUAAAGGACGUCUACCUGCACCCCGACCCGUUCAGCGUACAGAACGGCUUGCUAACGCCCACCCUCAAGUCUAAGCGCCCGCAGCUCAGGAAAUACUUCAAGCCACAAUUGGAUGAUUUAUACGCCAAAUUACACUAGGUUCUUUAUAGUGACUCGUAACUUGACCUUAAAUAAAGUUAAUUACCUUAGCUCCCAUCUCUCAGUUCAUAGGUGUUUUGUAUGGGGAAAUACUUCAAGCCACAAUUGGACGAUUUAUACGCCAAAUUACACUAGGUUCUUUAAAGUGACUCGUAACUUGACCUUAAAUAAAGUUAAUUUACCUUAGCUCCCAUCUCUCUCAGUUCAUAGGUGUUUUGUAUGGUUGCAAGUGUAGGCCAGGUUAAUGUAGAUAACCUUUCUGUCUCUUAACUUUCUAUACACAUUUUAAUUGGCAUGCCAUGAUGGGAGUAAGCUAGUGUCUUGAAACUAGUGUUUUAUCAGUUGAAUAGCUGGAGCAAAUUAACGAUGACGAGCUUUGAGAUUUUGUUAACUUUAGGAGUUUUCUCAGUCGUCGAAUAAUAGGACAGUAUUUCUAUGACAACUUAUAGUGAAACUUCGAUAGAAGGAUUGUCGGUUUUGCGUUUAAUAGAACAUUGCUGUGAAUCAUUUGGUUGAUAGUCUUAGCAUUAUUUGGAUAACACUAGCAAAAACCUAUGUCUUGUGCGGUAGCCGUGUGUUUAUUUCUAAUAAGAAUUUUCUUUCUUUUUAAUGAAAAUUUAAUUCGUUUCACGUUUAGGUUCCUAGCUUGUGUAUCUGCUGAAUGCAUUAAAAUCGGGUGAAUGUGUCGCGGGUAGAACAAUCUGUGUUGCUUGAAUGUUCUGCAUGAGGGUUGUGUGUUGCCUGAAUGUUCUGCAUGAUGAUUGUGUGUUGCUUGAAUGUUCUGCAUGAGGAUUGUGUGUUGCCUGAAUGUUCUGCAUGAGGGCAGUGUGUUGCUUGAAUGUUCUGCAUGAGGGCAGUGUGUUGCUUGAAUGUUCUGCAUGAGGGCUGUGUGUUGCUUGAAUGUUCUGCAUGAAUAUUGUCCUCGUUUGUGUACUUAAUUAUUGCUCUUCGUGUUCGCGCUCCUUCACGUCUCAAUAGUUCAGGCCGCACCAGGUCCUAUACUUUCAAAAAAAGUU